AUGCGUAUGAGUUCCGGUUGGACAAUAAACGACGGGACGUAUACAUCUAUACCCGAAGAUCGAAGGAGUAGGAGGAACGUCCCGUAUCCGACCUACAUUCACGAGGCUUACCGAGCCACGUUCGGACUUAACACUCUUCAACUUGCCCACAAUGCCCCGAUUACCAUGUGCGCUAUGGACGUCGCGACCGAUCACCUGUGGAAAUGCGCCCCCCCUUUUAUGCAGAGUGAGGUCGCCGUCCAUCCUCCAAACGGGCCCGCCCUCUGGUCCCAAGACGAGAGCCACCAGGAGGCGAUUUACGAGGAGACGGAACGCCAGACAGAGAAGAGAGGCGAUGACGUAUACGGGGUAUUCAAGGCCAAACCUUGGGGUAUCUGGCCGCUCUGGGUGGAGGACCAGUGGGGGAACGAUUAUGUCCUGCUCGUCUGGUAUGCCGACGAUUCAGAUGAGAAUCCCGGCUCCUUCGACACUAUCACGAUGGCGACUAUAUAUGACCCGCGCCGUCAUCCGGUAAGCGAUAAUCUAGGAAGGCACCACCCGAUUAAUGAGCGCAGAACCAGACUGGAGGGACAGAUAUCUAAGUUCUUCAACCGCGCGGGCUUUGACACGAGUAGGUUAGCGUUUAAGCAAGGAAGGAUGAGCCCCAUGCCGCUCGAUGAAACGACGUCGGGGGAGCGCUGCUUCGCGGCUGUCAAGGAAUUACUGGAAUGCAUUAUGAACUACUACUUCGAUAUAGCCCAGGGAGCCGAACAGGACUUUACUAAGGGCUUCUGGGAUCUCUCGCAGUGGGUCAACCCGUAUCAGUACCGCAUCGAGAUGACCGGCAUUAAUGCGUGGGUAUUGAUGGCAACGUUUGACUACAACGCCCGCAUCGCCGUUGAGUGUGUCGAGCCCGGUUUCAAGACAGAGGUUGUGGUUGACGGUCGACGCCGAUUAAUUAAGCCUGACGACCUUGCUGGUCCGUCUACCCCGCCGGAUGUUGCUGCAGACAACUUUCUUCUCUACCCAAGUCUCAAAUCAGAUCCCGAAUCAGAUCCUAGUUCAGAUUCUAAAUUAGAUUCUAAAUAA